AUGACUCGAAGCAGCUCCGAAAAUACUCUGGAACCAGAAGAACAAGAGCCUCGUUUGAAAGAAGUACCACCACGGAAUGGAGGACAUGAUGGUGAGAACGAGCGCAAUGACAGCCACCAGAACAACAACAGCCAAGGUGGACAAGACGAGGAAAAGAACUCGCCCCAGUUCCCGCCGCUUCCUGUCGGCCUGCUCGAUUCAUCCCUGAAAGCGGUUCGCAGAGAGGUCGUGCUCAAAUGGGCGUCCACAGUCCUGAUACUGUUCAGCUUCAUCCUGUGCAUCCUUUCGCUGUACUGGGCCGUGCUGUUCCACGUCGAGGAGAACAUGUCCGCCCUCACGGUGGCGGUAGUGAGCUUCGACGGCCGAAUAUCUCCAUAUGAAGGGACCAGCCCUAUCGUCGGACCGGUCGUCGAACGGCUGGCCCAAGAACAAGCCAUGAUUCAGACAGGUGUUUUGGGAUACAGAGUGCACGAUGCAGACAUGUACAACGGAGAUCCUCUGGCAGUGCGACAGGCCGUCUACGACUACAAAGUCUGGGCAGCGGUCAUUGUCAAUGCGAAUGCCUCCGCACUCCUACAGGAGGCCGUCGCAACAGGCAAUACGAGCUACUCGCCCCUCGGCGCCGGCCAGAUCAUCAUCAACUCGGCGCGCGACGAAACCAGCUACUACAACUACAUCAUCCCCCAGCUGUACCAGUUCCAGACCGACGUGACGACGUUGUUUGGAGAGAGAUGGAUCCAGACCGUGUUGUCCAACACCUCUCUCGACACUGCAACGUACGCCCGUGUUCCUCAGGCGUUGAACCCGGCCAUUGCAUUCUCCAUGUUCGACCUGCGGCCCUUCUACCCUCCUCAGGCCACGCCGGCCGUGACGAUCGGGCUGAUUUAUUUGAUCAUCAUUGCCUUCUUCUCCUUCUCCUUCUUCCUCCCUGUCUACACCAAGUUUCUGAUCCCUAAGGACCACCCGCCCCUGCAUUUCUGGCAGUUGAUCAUCUUCCGCCUCUUCGCCACCACCGCGGCGUAUAUGCUCAUGUCGCUGGCCUAUUCGCUGGUCUCGCUGGCCUUUCAAAUCCCCUUUUCCAACGACUAUCGACACAAUGAUACCAACAUGGCCCAGAACCCGGACGGAUACGGAAAAGGCACCUUCGUCGUCUACUGGAUGUUGAACUGGGUCGGCAUGUAUGCUCUGGGCCUGGCUUCGGAGAACGUGACCAUGAUCAUCGGCCAACCUUGGACAGCUUUUUGGCUGAUAUUCUGGGUCAUAACCAACGUCUCGACCGCCUUCUACGCCAUCCCGCUGUCGCCGGCAUUUUUCGAAUUCGGCUAUGCCUGGCCAUUAUAUCACAUCGUCAACGGAAGCCGCACCAUCCUCUUCGACACGCACAGCCGCAUCGGCCUGAACUUCGGCGUCCUUUUCGCCUGGUGCGCCGUCAACACAUUGCUCUUCCCAUUCUGCUGUGUAUAUAUGCGCUGGAAGACGAACAAGGAGAUGGCGAGGAGAGUGCCUAGAAGGACCAUCAAGUAUUUGGUUGAUGGAUAA